GCUAACGCUAGUUUUGUGCCACUUGGACCAAUCGCUGUCCUCCACGAAUGUUUGGAAAUAAUUUCUGAACGUUUAGGCUAUACUUGACAUGUUUCAAUUUCAGUAACUUCUUACUCUUAGACUGUCGAGAAAGCGUUUUUGAAGAAACUUUAGAAAACUACUCAAGACCAUUAACGACAAACCAGGAACAAAACUGUGGACAAGCACACUACAUAGACCUAUCCUGGUAACCAUGGCAAAGGUUGUUACACUUACAGUUGUUGUGGUAUCUUGCUGCCUGGUAGCUGUUACAAGUGCACUUUAUGGAAGUAAUAGUGAUGUUAUAGACCUAACAUCAUCUAACUUCAACACUAAAGUAAUUGACAGUGAGGAUGUAUGGAUUGUGGAAUUUUUUGCACCAUGGUGUGGUCAUUGUCAGUCAUUUGCACCAGAAUAUUCUAAAGCUGCCACUGCAUUAAAGGGAGUGGUUAAGGUGGGAGCUGUAGAUGCUGAUCAACAAAAAUCGCUAGGUGGAGAGUAUGGUGUAAAGGGUUUUCCUACAGUCAAGAUUUUUGGCACUAAUAAAAAGAGUCCACAAGACUACAGUGGUGCCCGAACUGCUCAGGGAUUGGUUGAUGCUGCAUUUCGAGAACUUAGAAAAAAUGUAGAAGCAAAACUUGGUGGAAAAAAAUUUGGAGGCAGUAGUGGAGGUGGAAAACGAAAUGCAGACCCAAAGGAUGUUAUUGAAUUAACGGAUUCAAACUUUGCUGAGACUGUUAUGGAAAGUGAAGACAUGUGGUUAGUGGAGUUUUAUGCCCCUUGGUGUGGACAUUGCAAAAAUUUAGCCCCUCAUUGGGCAGAAGCUGCUUCAGAACUCAAGGGCAAAGUUAAACUAGGAGCCGUUGAUGCCACUGUACACACCAUUCUUGCUAACAAAUAUGGAAUCCAAGGAUUUCCAACUAUCAAGUAUUUCCCAGCUGGGUCAAAAGACGAUGCUGAAGAGUAUGAUGGAGGUCGUACAGCAUCAGAUAUUAUUAACUGGGCAUUAGAGAAAUUUGCAGAAAAUGCUCCUCCUCCAGAAUUAAAAGAGCUUACUGGUGGCAGUAUCCUAAAAGAUGUUUGUGAAAAUUCCCAGUUAUGCAUCAUCAGUGUUCUUCCACAAUUACUUGAUUGUCAGUCUGAUUGUCGAAACAAUUACAUAAGUAUCCUUAAAAAAUUAGGUGAAAAAUAUAAAAGAAACCAGUGGGGUUGGUUAUGGACAGAAGCUCUUUCUCAGGAGGAAUUAGAAGACUCUCUGGGUAUGGGAGGAUUUGGCUACCCUAUCAAAGGGGCAAAAUUACCAAAAAUAAAUGAUGUAGAACCUUGGGAUGGUAAGGAUGGAGAGCUUCCACCAGAAGAAGACAUUGACCUAAGUGAUGUUGUUUUAGAUGAUGAACCAAGUGGGCGUGAAGAACUUUGAGUGCAUUUGUGUUUAAAAUAUUAAUGAACUUGGAACACUUAGAUCAUUUCCACUAAGAACAGUUUUUCAUGGUGUGACAGUGUUCAAAUUUAAGUAUAAGAGAAAGCAUAGAAGUGUUUCCCUGUAAGUCUGAUUUUGCUUUUAUUUUCUGUGCAGAUUUAUUGAGCAAUUUUCAAUAAAAACUGCUUUUAAAGAUUGUUUGUCACUAACAGUGGUCAUAUUUUCUGUGUAUUAGAAAUCUGUUGACCAAUACAAGAGAUACAUAUAAGUUCUGUUGUGUUAAUCGAAAGAAAAUGUUAUUUUCAUAAAAAACCAGUAGAUUUUUUUAUAAGUAAUUACAGAUAUUUAACUGGAGCAUACAACAACAAAACAGGUUUUAUAAGCAUUAUCAGCCCUCAGUUUUUGUUUCUAAGUCAGUGAUCUAGUUGACCAAUUUUUAAAAAUAUUAUUCUUUAUUAAAAUAUUUUUGGUUUGUUUGUUCCAUUAUAGCAUGUUUAGAUCUUCUGAGACUAGAAUACACUUCAUAAAUAUUCAUUGUUGGUCAGAACAGUGAAAGCAUGAAUGAAUAUGAUUUCAGAAAGAGUUGUUUUUGUUAGUUUUAUAAUAGAAACUGUGUUAUGAUUUGUAAGAAAAUAGUUUAAAGCCAAACAACUGAAGGAAAUGUAUGUUAUAAUUUCAAUAAAAACUUCAGUCACAUUUUUCAUGCAGAGAAAUUGAAUAUUAGAAUUUGAAAAAAAGCUUCAGGCUAUAUCUAGGUGAUCAUGUCUGCUUCAGUUUUCACUUUAUAGAAUGUAAGGAUAUGCAAGAUAACUUAAAGUACAACUACUCUUAUUUCAUAAGUUCAUUAAACAACAACAACGUAGUAUUAUUGUAUACAGGAGAACAUGUAAUCAUAUUUAAAACUAAAAGUAAUGAAACUAAUUUGACAAUGUAGCAAGCUCUAUGUAUAAUUGAAAUGUAUUUUUAGAUUGGUUUAUAAAAUGAAACCUUUCAUUAAACUUAAAGACAAUGCACUAAAAUGUAAGCAUAUGUGGGUCCACCAUUCUAACGCACAAAAGAGCAGAACACUUACCAUUAAAAUUUUAAUAUAUUCAAUAUUGCACCUCAUGGUUCAACAGCUUGUAUUGCUGAUAUUAACACAAUUCAUUGAGAAAAUAUCGGUACAGUCCAAAAUAAAUAACUGAAUAAUAAAGUCUGCUAAUAGCUUGCCUAAAUCUUAAUCUGAACUAAUAAGGUUGCAUUAAAGAAUGUUGUGGUCCAAAAAUGUAAUUAUAUAAUAAACUUGUACCAUCUUAGAGCAUGAGUUUUUUUUUUAAUGUAAAAUGUGCACAAACAGUAUGUUUAAAGUUCUCAAAAAAAUUCUUUUGUGAGUAAUUAGUUAAAUACAUUCCACUGAGUUUGUGAACACAUAUAUAUAUAUACUUUAUUUGAAUUGUUUACAAACUGAUGAAAAUACUUUUAUUUUUUGUAAGUACUGGUUUCUCACACUCUUUAGUUUACAUGAAACCUAAAAUUAUUUUACAAAUGAAAGUUUUGUGAAUGAAAACUACUGGUAAUGUAAGGCUGUUUUGAUUAAAUGACUAAAAUUAUUUACAGUAAUUAAAUAUGAAAAUGUUUUGUUCCAUUUCCUUAUUACUGUCACUUUGUCUGAAAGAAUAAAAAUACUUGUCUAUUGCCUUUAUUCAGCUGAGCAGUAUACUUUUUUUUUUUUUUAAUGUCGUAUACUACUUGAAAUACUAGUGAAGUAACUUGUAUGGUCAGUAGAAUGUCUGGAAAUACACCUUGAAAUUUUAUUUGUUGUAUUCUUAUUUGUAUAGUUAUUAAAAUUAUAUUAAAGGCUAAAAAGUA